AAUGAUUAGAGUGAGAUUAGCAUAAUUGACUAAUAAAUGGAAUAAUGAGGAUUUAGAAUACUAUGUAAAAGAAAGUGGGGAUAUUAUUGGAAUUACAGAAAAACUUAAAAACAGGCAAAAAGGACACUCAGUCAUUUACUAUGUUUUAGAGAAUUUAAUCAAUUUUAAAAAACUAAAUUAAGGUUGA